UUUCUAAUGUGGUGUACUUCUCUGACAUAGCUUUAAAGCUAAUUCAGUUUCAACUACAUAUACGACUAUAUUUCACUCUUUGCUAUACGAUGCAACAUCGUGAUUGUUUUACAUUUGAGGAAGAUAAGUAAACCUUAAUCAUAAAAUUAUAAUUUAUAAUCAAUUAUUUCAUUUGCUCUUAAAAUGUCUUUAUUUAUUAAUUUUGUGUCCAAUAAAAGGUUACUUGAUUAGCUUGUCUCAGUGUGAACAAGACCCCUGUAGAACAAAACAAAUUCUCACAUGCUGCAACUUCACUGAAUUUCCCACUAUUGUUUUCGGUGAAAAUAAGGCUAUGGAUGAUUAUUUGUGUCAGACAUGAUGGUUACAGUGGGACAACGUUAUCACAGUCAACACUACAUGUAAAAUGGCUAUGUUUUGUUCCUGCUCAGCAGCACAGGAAAUAUCACUGCUUGUGAUUGUCUUAUUUGAAAGAGCAGUAUAACAAGAGGACACAGUAUUAAGAUUUGGGAGACUGGCUCGGUUUCAGAUUUACAAGUAAGAAUGAACCAUUGACUAGCACUUUUGAUAUAGAAAAAAAGUAUGAUGAUGCUUUGAACUACAUUUUGUUACGUAACAUCAUGCAGAAUGGUAGCAGAGAUGGCUUUAGCCAUCCUGAUUCAUCAAAAAAUGAGUGCACAAAAGAAAAGUUAAAGAAGCAUCUUACAUAUCUUCAGUACCACGUGACCCAAGAAAGAGGCACAGAACGUGCUUUUACUGGAAAGUACUAUAAGCUGAAAGAUAAUGGAAAGUAUGCCUGUGUAGUAUGUGGGGAAGAGCUCUUUUCAUCAGAAACCAAGUACCAUUCUGGAUGUGGAUGGCCUGCAUUCUGGGAUGUUGUAGAUAAAAGCAAAGUCACCUUUAAAAAUGAUUUAUCUCAUGUGGGUGGAAACCUACUUCUACUUGCUAUCAAACCAGGUCUUGCGAGGACAGAAGUUUCUUGUCGCAACUGUGGUGCCCAUCUUGGCCAUGUGUUUGAUGAUGGACCCAAACCAACAGGCAAGAGAUAUUGUAUCAACUCAGCAUCUCUGGAGUUUCAGAAAGAAAACAACAAAGAGGGUUCUUCUAAACAAAGUGAAAAUAAAGAUAAUUUCGAUGGUUUGCCAAAAUAACUGGCUUAGGGAUGAAUAUGCUUUUUUUUUUAAUCAUUGAACCACAAGUAAAUGAGCUCAUUUGGUAAUUAUAAAUUUGUUUAAUGAUAUGUAUGAACUUGUAUGUCCUGUUACUUCUGCCAGGACUAACAGUAUUUCUUAGGUUUCCUAGAAUAAUUUAAAUUCAAUUAUUACUCACUAAAUGGUGAGUGUUAUUUAUGAUAAUUUGAUGUUAAUGCUUAAAAUAUUAUUGGUGUUAAUUUUUUCCAACCACUGAAGAAUUUGGAUCACUUUUUGUAAAUGCUUAAAUUAAUAUUUUUAGUCAAACAAAUUUUUCUCUGUAUUUUUCUGUAAAUUAUUUGGUUUAAAAUUUGUUGCAGUAUUAAUAUUGGAGGAGUAACGACUUCCUUCUUUGGCUUAAUUAAUUUCUUGACCAAGCUAUCAAAGUAAGUGUAGCUCUAAAUGCAGCUAAUGCUAGAGUUUAGUUAUUAAACUGUUGCAUACUAUUCUCCUGUUACCAUUACAUUUAAAGCUAGUUGAAGUUUUUGUUGUAAGCUUCUAAGAUUUAAUUUCAUGGGAUUAUAAUUUGAAAGUCAUCUUUCAUUAUUUUACUUUUUUUGAAUUUGUAUAUAUUUGUUUUUAUUCUAGUAUAGCUGAACUUUUAGGCAUUGCACAUGGGCAUUCGCAUCCAUUAUCAAAAGUGAUUUUUGUUUAGAUAAUUCUGUGACAUUUUUACAGGCAGUUCUGAUUUAUGUGUAUUUUUAUUGAGCUAGGUUUAUAUCUUAAGUUAAUUUAUGGAACAAGACUAAAACUUGUUCAUUUGAUGAUUUUAAAUAAAUUAAGAUUAUUAUGUGAAGUUCAGCAGAAUUCUUGAGAAAAGGUAUUCCUGUAUUUAGACAUGUUAAUUUGAAAAUUUGAAUAUAACAAUUAGUUUGUUAGGCAAAUUUGUUUUCUUAUUCUGUAUUUGUAAGUUUUGUUUUUCAGUUUAAAAUGGUGGUUUGUGUUAAUACUUGAUAAAAGAUAUAAUUUCUCUAUGCAAGUAACAUCCUUUUUCGUGAUGCAUACUCAAAUAUUUUACUACACAAAUGAAGAUAAGAGAAUAAAUCUUCCAGUUGGAAAACUGCCUUUUAAUUUAAUUUUAGUUAGAAGUUAGAAGUUUCUGUAUUUUUUUAAAUAAGAUCUGCAUGUUUGACAUACUGUCACUGUUAAUAAAGGUGUGUGUGUGUGUAUAUAUACUACAUCCAAGAUAUUUAACAAGGUGUUGAAAAUUACAAAAGAAUAGUGUUAUAAAACUAGUUAAAAGAAAAAAAGAUAUUAUACACAUAUAUAUCUUUCUUCCUUGGAAUAAAGAUUGAGUUUGCCUGAUUAGCAUAUUACUUACAGUUGGUAGAUACAUCAAAAAUAACUAAUCUGUUUAAAAAAUUAUUACACUGAUGAAGAACCAACUUGUGUAUUUGUUUUAACUGAUUAAUCAUCAGAAAGGGAAUACGAAAAACUUAAAAUUAAGGUUUUUACACUGGAUUAUUUUUAUGCAUGCAUAAGGUUUAUACUAUGGUAGAUAAAAGCAUAAGUUAAUUAAUAUCUGUAUAAGACAAAUUUCAUACUGCACUUUCAGAAUAGAUCAAGGUGCUAAGUUGAAUACUUUUCAUUUAUUAUCUGCAAAUUUAUCAAAACAUGCUAUUUUUGUAGAAUUUGUUGUUAUAUAAAAGUAUGCUAUCCUCUAGUAUUUUCAAGAAAUGGUGAACUUGAAGAGGUGGAAUAAUUUAAUUUAAUUUAAAUUAUUAAACUGAAAUUAAAGAUAUUAAAUAAUGAUCUUGUUUGAGUGUAUGUUUUAUUAUUAUGUCCCAUUACUAAAAAUGUGAGCUGAAAGUUUAUUUAAAUAAUGGAACUGUUGUUGGGUAUAAAAGAACAUAAAUUUUUUUUUAUCAAAAUUCUCUAUAAUGGUUUAUACAUUAACUUACCAAAUGACACUGUUUCUAAUAUUCUUGACAUAUAGUUGCCAUCCUAUGUUUCCUUUUGUCCAUCUUUAUGUCAGUAUAUGUUUUAUUUAACUUACUUACUUGAUUGUUAAUUCAAAUUCAAAAUAAGAUUAACAAGUUUGAAAACAUAUAUUAUUUAAACUCAAAUUUAAGAAAAUCUGUACAAAGUAGUCCUUUUAUACAGCAGCAGGAAGAUUAUCAUUUCUGAAAAACUUUUAUCUUUUGUAAUUUUGCUCUAAUCGGUUGUCUGUUAUUUUCACAUGGCUAAGUGUAUAAAUUUAAUUAACCACUGUAGUGAGUGAUUAAAUAAACCUACUCAUUUCUUUUUCAAAUCAA